AUGUACCUUGCUGGUAUCAUUUACCAGGGUGGGGAGCCAAAGAUUAAAAGGCAGUCCACAUUCAACAGUGCUUUUUCACCACUAGACAUAUUCAAGCUUAUUUGGAUAUACAUGGCCUCAGAAAUGGAGAAACUACUUGGUGAUGCAGCUGGAUGCCAAAAUUGCUUCUUUGUAUGUCUCCUGGUACAUGAACCCCCUCCCCCCAACACACUCUGCAGCCUGCUGACAUUCUGGCUGAAGAUCAACCAGAAAUUCUUUGCUAAAUGGCUGAUCCACAAAGAAUUUUUCCCCAAUGUCCAGAAUGAGAAUGAUCUAACUGAUGAACAAAAGGAGUCACAGCAAAUCAUGUGCUGGUAUUGCUGGCAAACAAAUCUAAUGUGUCUUGCACAUUCAGGUGGAUCCAGGGGGGUCCUCAGCAUCAAAGAAGUACUUGCAGGAGGCAAGAAAACAAAGGGCCCAUGGGCACUGAAGGAAGUGGAGUCAGCCAAUGAGGCAAUCACAAAGGGAAACAUCACCUCUCAUGGUUCCAAGCUCCUUGUAUAUCAUGAGAUCACCAUGGAGAAAUAUGAGGCAGAGUUGAGCACUGUAAAGGACAAAGUUAAGAGGAAGCACAAAAUGUUACACAAGAAGUUUAGAAAAGCUCACAAGAUUGUGACAGCCAAGAUAAGGGAAGAGGUAGAUGAUGAGACAAAGAUGAGUUACCACCUUGGAGAAUGCACUACAGGAGGGCAAUUCUCAGACUUGUAUGAUAGAUAUGGUGAGGUGCUUAGGGCAUAUGCAAGGUUUACAGAGAAAAGUGUUGAGUAUGAAGAAAGUUUACCAGCUGUUAAGCAGGACAAUGCCAGUGACCUUGAUGAUGACAAGGAUGAGUCAAGUGACAAUAACUCUAGCAGUGAGCAUGAACCAUGCACUGAUGGUAUUGACUAUGACAGUCUUCAACAUGCCAACUACGACACUGCAUUGGCUCUUCUUGAGACAUCUCUGAAAGACCUAGGGAGAUGUGAAGUGCUGAUCCCUCCAUCUGAUGCAUCUGCAUCUCAGCCAUCUCAGCCAGCCCCAGUGAUCCCUGUGCCUCAGCCUCCUACACCUCCCUCUCCUGCGUCUACAUCCCAGCCAGCCCCAGUGAUCUCUGUGCCUCAGCCAGCCCCAGCAAUCCCUGCACCUCAGCCUCCUAUGCCUCAACCUCCCACACUUCCUACUAAUCCUGCAUCUCAGCUAGCCCCUGCUCCUCUUCCAGAGGAUGAUCAACCUGUUUGA